CUCCCACUUACCAUUGCGGACCUCCUUCGGCCUCCUUUCUCCCAUGGCUUCUUCUACUUCGCCUUCGAGUUACCAUCCCAUUCCCCUCUAAUCUUUCUCUCCGCUUUGCGCUCUCUUGAUCGGUGUAAGAUACUGAAGAUUGUGCCUUUGCCAUGGUCUCGCUCGCUGACUCCCAGUGCGGGAGGGCUCCGCGCUACCACCAUGGCCGAUCCAUGCGCACGGUGCGCUCCUACCUCUUCCACCACCGUCCCUCCACCGGUGCCCCGCCCGCCCUGGCCCCCUCCUCCUCCGCCGCCGUCUCUGAGAACCUGACCGACUCCGUCGUCGACUUCAAGCUCCGGGAGCUCGCGGUCGGGGUAGGGUCCUCCGUCGCUGAGCCUGCCGCCUCCACCGAGGAGCUUCUCGAGAUCUCUCGGGAGUUCUCGGACUGCUCUAGCUUUGGCUCCGACAUCUCCGGCGAGCUCCAGAGGUUGGCCUCCCUCCCCAGAUCCGAGGCGCCGCGGAGCACUGCGUCGCCGGAGAUCGAUGGCAUCGAGGCGCUGGGGGGAACAGGAAUCGGCUCGUCGUCCGAGAUCUUGGAGAGCGCGUCGCUGGAUGGCGUGGAGCCGGUGGUGCGCGCGUGCGUGGAAGGCCUGGGGUCGCCGUCGGCGGAGGCGAAGCGCGUGGCGGCGUCGAAGAUCCGGCUCCUGGCGAAGCACCGGUCCGACUUCCGGGCGCUCAUAGGGGCGUCGGGGGCGAUCCCGGCGCUGGUUCCACUGCUGCGUAGCACGGAUCCGGCGGCGCAAGAGAGCGCGGCGACGGCGCUGCUGAACCUCUCGCUGGAGGAGGUCAACAAGGUCCGGAUCGCGGCGGCAGGCGCGAUCAAACCGCUGGUCUACGCAAUGCGGACUGGGACGGCGGCCGCGAAGCAGAACGCGGCGUGUGCGCUGCUGAGCCUGUCGAUGAUCGAGGAGAACCGGGCAACGAUCGGGGCCUGCGGGGCGAUCCCGCCGCUGGUGGCGCUUCUAGUGGGUGGGUCGAGCCGGGGCAAGAAGGACGCUCUCACCACGCUCUACAAGCUGUGCUCCACGCGGCGGAACAAGGAGCGAGCGGUGAGCGCAGGGGCUGCGGUGCCGCUGGUGGGCAUGGUGGGGGAGCCCGGCGGGGGCACGGCCGAGAAGGCGAUGGUGGUGCUGGGAAGCCUGGCGGCCAUCCCGGAGGGCCGUGAGGCGAUCGUGGAGGCCGGCGGCAUCCCGACACUUGUCGAGGCGAUCGAGGCCGGCCCGGCGAGGGGGAGGGAGUUCGCCGUGCACGCCCUGCUCCUGCUCUGCGCCGACAGCCCCCGGAACCGCGGCCUUCUCGUCCGCGAGGGCGCCAUCCCACCGCUCGUCGCCCUCUCGCAGUGCGGCUCCGCCCGAGCCAAGCUCAAGGCGGAGACGCUUCUCGGCUACUUGCGCGAGCAGCGGCAGGACAUGGCGAGGUAAUCUCUCGCUUGCUGACAAUGGUAAAACCGUAAAUAAUGGGCCACGCUGUCACCUUAAAGUGGCUGGUUUUGUGUGCGCUGUUUGGUACUAAUCACUGUCGACUGACCUGUUCUGAAAUGAUUAAUUAUAUUGGGUAGGGAAUAGCAGUAGAUCUGUAAAGAGUUGUGGUGGGUGAUGCCACCAUACUCUGUCAUCUGAUCUUGGUGUGAGGGUUUGAGGAAGGGAAAGGAGAGGAUUUGGGUUAUAAGACUCUGGUUUUUUUGUUUGGGUUUGUCAUCCAAAUUCUGCUGCUGCUUAAAAUUGCUGUGUGUUGGGUAUGUAAGACUUUGUUGAAUGAUGAUGCUUGUUUUAUCUCA